UAUUCCAUUUUUUACAUUAGAUAAGUUGAAAUGAAUUGCUCCAUACAAUAAACAGUUAUUAGGUUUCCAUUAUUUCCAAAGUUGAGCGUUUCUUUUUUUGUUAUAAUUUCGCAGAAAACUUUUGAAAAGCUCGUCAACAUUCCGUUCAAAGCUCAAUUUUUUGUAUAUAAAAGGAUGACUUUUUGAUAGAAAAGUUUCAGUUUAAUUAUUUUUGGAAGAACUCAAUAAACUACACGAUGAAAACUUUAACUUUUGUACUUGUCGCAAUUGUCAUUGCUGUUGAUGCAAGGAAGGUGUGCGUUCCUGUGCCGGAUGAAGACCCAUGUGCUGCAAUAGUAGAGGCUGCAAUGCCUAUUUGGCAAGAGACGGCUCAAAUGUUGGCAAAUCUCAAUAUUGAAUGCAGUAAUGAACUAAGUGCUUUGUCAUUUGCAAACGGAGACGAAUUUGAUGCAUUUAAUGGUGAAUUCUACACUACAGGACAUUGCAUGACUUCUUAUAAUUCAUACACGGACAGUGCUAUUACUUCUCUUGGAAAUAUCGUUGGAGCAAGUUAUAAUGACUAUUACGACUUAUUCUUCGCCUACUCUGAAAGUGUAGGAGAUGCACUUUGCCUUGCUCAAGGUGAUGCAAGUUUAGUCAACGCGUUCAACAGUGUUGUAGAAGGAUGGAAUAACAUCAUACAAUCAAAAAAACCAGGACCAGCAUAAGAAGAUGAAAUUGAAUCAUCCCAAUGACCUGUAGAAUGAUUUCAGUUUAUUUAAUAAAGUGAAAAUGCUACAAAACUAUAAAAUUCUCUUAGAUAAUUUUUUUUCAGAUUAAUUAGACAUGUUUCAUAUUUUAUUUGAAUAAUUAAAAGGAAUCAGAAAAUUGUUGGGUUUUUUAAACGUGUUCAAAUUUUUUGGUACUUCGUCGUCACUAAAUUACUGACAUGACUUGACAUAUAAUAA